UCAGGGAAAGUAUUACGAGUUUGAUUAUUCAGCUCGAUUUUAUUGGGCCGAAUCUGUUUUGUUAUGGGCCGAAUAGAAUGCUCUCCAUGAUUCAAAACUGGGCUGGGCCCAUUUUGAUCGAUUGUUUGUGAGGGUUUUGCAGAGGGUUUUAGGGUUUCCAUUCGAGGAGAAAGCCUUGAAAAAAAUGGCUUCAAUGGCAGCAAGAAGAUCCAGCAGCACAAUCGUGCGAACCAUCUGUAGAGCCACCGCGAAAUCGACGGCAGGGAGGUCAUCAUCCUCGUCCUUCCCUUUGCGCGAUUCCAAUCUCGGUUUUCGGCAUAAUAACAACCGUAUCGCUCCGGCGAGGUUCUCGCUCCUCCGAAGAGAAUUGAGCUCCUUGAAGCCAUUGCACACAGCCAUUGCUUCAUCUUACCUUGUUUCCAAGCUUCCCACCGAAGCUACCACCUCCUCACAAGCGCUGUACGUUGCCGAAACAAUUUGGAGCUGAGAUUCUGGCAUUGGCCCUUGAUUUCUGAGGUUUAUGCAUUCAGAUGUUCCUAUAUUUUCAAUGAACAAGAAAUAAUUCAGUUUUGGUGGGAACUAACUUGUUGAUCGGAGACCAUAGCUUGAGGGCCAGGGAUCAUACUAGUGUGUAGGCAUAAGCUUGUGUCUUGAGAAAUAUGGGAUUUGUUUUAUUUGUUUUUGGGGCAUCUGACAUACUUGUUUGCAUUUGUUUA